AUGUCAUUAUUACAAUACGGCUUCGAACUUAAAAGAGUUAGAAGUGAUUCACUUCAAAAUGAUCAAGCUUCUGAUAAUGAAAAUAAUCCUAGCAAAGAUGCCAAAAAAUCUUAUAAACGUAAUAAUAAAAUAUUCAAACCCAAAUGGCUGAAUGAAUUUUUUGGUUACGCUAUGAUGAAAUUAACAAAAGAAUAUUAUAAUGAUGCAGAGAAAUUAGAAAGUUCAAGAAUACAAAUGGAAUCAUUACAAAAAGAAUUCACUUCUUCUAAUGCAAAUAUGAAUCAUAUUGUUGAUAUAAUGCGGGCUGUUUAUUUUUUAGCGAAAAAAAAUUUGCCUCUUAGACUUUUAUCAUCUGUUAUUGAAUUAUUGAAAGAGUCAGGUUCACUAGAUCUUUUUAGUGGUACGAUUACAUAUACAAAUAAUAUUUCAGGACAUGAAUUUUUGGAAGCAAUAUCAAAUACUAUUAAAGAAGAAAUUUGGAAUUAA